GUCCCGCUAUAGAGCCGCGCGCUAUCUUCUUCUUCCCUUGCGAAUUUCGAUCCCCCUCGCACUGAUCAAACCGGAACCGCCAUUCCGCCGCCGCCGCCGACCAUGGAUCCGUCCCCGACCUCGCACCCGAUCCUCGCCUACGUGCUCAGGCGCCUCCCGUCGAUCAAGACGGCGGGGUCCCCGAGGCUGUCCUCCCCGCGCGACCCCGAGCAGCCGCCGCCGCCGUCCCCGUCCCCGCGCGCCCCGUCGGGCCCCGCCGAGUUCGAGCUCGUGGAGCGCAUGCCGGGCCUGCGCCACCCGUCCGUCCUCGCCUCCAUGACGCGCGCCGUCGCCGACAUCACCUGCGCGCGCGACGCGAUCCGCCACCUCGACCCCCGCCCCGACCACGAGCUCGUCGACGCCGCUCGCGCCUUCCUCCGAUCGCACGCCCAGGGUCAGGGAGACCCCGUCGGGCCGGGGCAGGAGGAGAUCGAGGAGAAGGUGGCGGCGAGCCGGGAGGUGGUGCGGCUGGACGAGGAGCACGAGGCGUACGGGGCCCUGCUGCGGGAGGCGGAGGAGAAGCUGGAGCGGGUGUACCGGAUGGCCAUGCACGGUAGGGACGUGGUGGAGGCGGGCGGCAAGAGAGGGGAGGACGAGGGGUCUGGCGCCGUCGACGAGGAGGUGGUGCGGGUGCUCAAGGAGGCGGAGGAAGGGAAGGUCGUGGAGCGGGUGCUCCUCGCCGACCGGCAGCUGCGCCACCUUCCCGAGCACUUCGGCCGGAUCCGCGGCCUCAUCGUGCUCGACGUCUCGCGCAACCAGCUCCAGGCUGUCCCAGAUGCCAUUGGCGGGCUUGAACACCUGGAAGAACUCCGCCUCGCCUCCAACGCCUUGGUCGCCCUGCCGGACUCCAUCGGGCUCCUCUCCAACCUGAAGAUCCUCGACGUCUCAGGCAACAAGCUGCGGACUCUGCCGGACAGCAUCUCAAAAUGCAGGUCACUGGUCGAGCUGGACGCGAGCUACAACGUCCUGGCGUACCUCCCGACGGGCAUCGGCCAUGAGCUGGUGAACCUGCAGAAGCUGUGGGUGCACCUCAACAAGCUGCGAUCCCUGCCGUCCUCCAUCUGCGAGAUGCGCUCCCUGCGCCUCCUGGACGCGCACUUCAACGAGCUCCACGGCCUGCCCACCGCCUUCGGCAACCUGGCGGCGCUCGAGUCGCUCAACCUCAGCAGCAACUUCAGCGACAUGCGCGACCUGCCGGCCUCGUUCUGCGACCUGCUCGGCCUCCGCGAGCUCGACCUCAGCAACAACCAGAUACACGAGCUGCCGGACUGCUUCGGCCGCCUGGAGCGGCUCGAGCGCCUCUGCCUGGACCAGAACCCGCUGGCCGUGCCGCCCAGUGAGGUGGUGGCCAAGGGGGUGGGAGCGGUGAGGGAGUACAUGACCAAGAGGCUGCAGGACGAGGAGGAGCGGCGGAGGAACGCCGCCGUGGCGGCCGAGAGCCCCAAGGCGUCGUCUCCGAUCGCGUGGCUGUCCCGCAGCGUGUCGUCGCUGAGCACCUGGGCGAAGCAGGAGAAGACCGAGGAGGAGGACAAGUUCCUCGAGCAGGAGCUGUGAGGGAGAGCCAACCAGCAGCUCCUCCUCGUCUCAGUGCUCGAUCGGUCGAAUGUAUAUACAUUUCUCUGCAUGCACGUCAUAGGAUCGUUACUGGAAUUGCGCCUGCCUGCUUGACGGAACGACAACCGAAGAACCAUGUGAGCCAUUCUUCUUUCCUGGUCUUCCUUUUGUGUUGUUUUACCAAGACUAUUGGACCAUCGUCCAUUUGCUAGUUUCAGUUGCCAUGUUGCAUUGUUCAAUAAUGGGACUUUGUAGCACACUUAGGUGUUGAGAUUUGAGAGAGGGGGGCACGCUGUUGUAAAAAAAAAAAACACGUGCAGUGCUAGCAACUGUGUUUACUUGUCUAAGCAGAGUGCCCUCAACUCGAGAUGAUCAAUAUUUGUAUCCUUCUUAAUUGUCUUUGUCAUUAUUAAUGUUAUUCUUUUAUAUGGGUUUGUAA